AUGGCGUUUGCUGCGCAUCUGUGCGCCGCAGCGGCAGCACCGCCCUCUGGUCUGGCAGUUGCAGAGGAGGUGGCGGCUGCGCUGCGUGAGGGGCGCCCCGUGGUGGCGCUGGAGAGCACAAUCAUCAGCCAUGGCAUGCCCUACCCCCAGAAUCUGGAGACGGCACUGGAGGUCCUGGACAUACCCCGCACCCUGGAGUUCCUGGAGACCCAGGGCGUCACAGUGGCGGCCUACGGCACAGACGAGCUGCCAGCGUUCUUCACGCGCCGCAGCGGCUGCAGGGCGCCUGCCAGGGUCGACACGCCGAGGGACGCGGCGGCCAUGGUCAAGGCGUCCCUUGACCUGCGCCUGGGUGGCGGCAUGGUGCUGGCGGUGCCCAUCCCCGCGGAGUGUGAGGCGGAGGGGGAGCUGGUGGAGGGCGCCAUCGCGGCGGCGCUGGCAGAGGUUGAGGGCAGGGGCGUCAGGGGUGCGGAGGUGACCCCGUUUCUCCUGGAGCGCAUCCGCACGACAACCGGGGGCCGCAGCCUGGCGGCCAACAUAGCGCUCGUCAAGAACAAUGCGGCGGUUGGGGCGGCGGUAGCGGCUGAGCUGGCUGUGAUGGAGGGCGGCGCCCCGGCGACAGCGGCUGCGGGUGCGUCUGUCGGCUCAGGGCAGCGCUGA